GGCGGCGGCGGCCGCAGCGAGCGACCCGGCCGCCCGGCCCGGCCCGCCGGCCGCCCGCCCGCCUCGGCGCCGAGAUUGGGCGAAUCGCGAGCAAGUACGUGCGCGUCUCCCUGCCGCCGCCCGCCGCGGGCCGCCCCGGGGCCGCCGCCGCCGACGACGCGCGGGAGGAGGAGGAGGAGGCCGCCCCGCCGCCGCCGCCGCCGCCGCCGCCCCGGCUCGCCGCCGCCCGCCCGCCGGGCGCGCAGCCCCAGGCCGCGGCCGACAUGAACCACCAGCAGCAGCAGCAGCAACAGCAGCAGCAGCAGCAGAAAGCGGGCGAGCAGCAGCUGAGCGAGCCCGAGGACAUGGAGAUGGAAGCUGGAGAUACAGAUGACCCGCCAAGAAUUACUCAAAACCCUGUCAUCAAUGGGAAUGUGGCCCUGAGUGACGGGCACAGCAAUGCAGAAGAGGACAUGGAGGAUGACACCAGUUGGCGCUCCGAGGCAACCUUUCAGUUCACUGUCGAGCGCUUCAGCAGACUGAGUGAGUCGGUCCUUAGCCCUCCGUGUUUUGUGCGAAAUCUGCCAUGGAAGAUUAUGGUGAUGCCACGCUUUUAUCCAGACAGACCACACCAAAAAAGCGUAGGAUUCUUUCUCCAGUGCAAUGCUGAAUCUGAUUCCACGUCAUGGUCUUGUCACGCCCAGGCAGUGCUGAAGAUCAUCAAUUACAGAGACGAUGAAAAGUCCUUCAGUCGUCGCAUUAGCCAUUUGUUCUUCCACAAGGAAAACGAUUGGGGAUUUUCCAAUUUUAUGGCUUGGAGUGAAGUGACUGAUCCUGAGAAAGGAUUUAUAGAUGAUGACAAAGUCACUUUUGAAGUCUUUGUGCAGGCGGAUGCUCCCCAUGGAGUUGCGUGGGACUCAAAGAAGCACACGGGCUAUGUCGGUUUAAAGAAUCAGGGAGCGACUUGUUACAUGAACAGCCUUCUACAGACUUUAUUUUUCACAAAUCAGCUACGAAAGGCUGUGUACAUGAUGCCAACAGAGGGCGACGAUUCAUCCAAGAGCGUCCCUUUAGCCUUACAAAGAGUGUUCUACGAAUUACAGCACAGUGAUAAGCCCGUAGGAACAAAAAAGCUAACAAAGUCAUUUGGGUGGGAAACUUUAGAUAGCUUCAUGCAACAUGAUGUUCAAGAACUAUGUCGAGUGUUGCUUGAUAACGUGGAGAAUAAGAUGAAAGGCACGUGUGUGGAAGGCACCAUCCCGAAAUUAUUCCGAGGCAAAAUGGUGUCGUAUAUCCAGUGCAAAGAGGUAGACUAUCGGUCUGACAGAAGAGAAGAUUAUUAUGACAUCCAGCUAAGUAUAAAAGGAAAGAAAAACAUAUUCGAGUCGUUUGUGGAUUACGUGGCAGUAGAACAACUAGACGGUGACAACAAAUACGAUGCCGGGGAGCACGGCCUGCAGGAAGCAGAGAAAGGUGUGAAAUUCCUCACAUUGCCUCCAGUGCUACAUCUACAGCUGAUGAGGUUCAUGUAUGACCCUCAGACGGACCAGAAUAUCAAGAUCAAUGACAGAUUUGAGUUUCCGGAACAAUUACCUCUUGAUGAGUUUUUGCAAAAAACGGAUCCUAAAGACCCUGCAAAUUAUAUUCUUCAUGCAGUCCUGGUUCACAGUGGAGAUAAUCAUGGUGGACAUUACGUGGUUUAUCUAAACCCCAAAGGGGAUGGCAAAUGGUGUAAAUUCGACGACGACGUGGUGUCGAGGUGUACUAAAGAGGAAGCCAUCGAGCACAACUACGGGGGUCACGACGAUGACCUCUCUGUCCGACACUGCACUAACGCCUACAUGCUGGUCUAUAUCAGGGAGUCAAAGCUGAGUGAAGUUUUACAAGCUGUCACAGACCAUGAUAUUCCUCAGCAGUUGGUGGAACGAUUACAAGAAGAGAAAAGGAUUGAGGCUCAGAAGCGGAAGGAACGCCAGGAAGCCCAUCUCUACAUGCAAGUGCAGAUAGUCGCAGAGGACCAGUUCUGUGGCCACCAGGGAAAUGACAUGUACGAUGAGGAGAAAGUGAAGUACACUGUGUUCAAGGUCCUGAAGAACUCCUCCCUGGCCGAGUUUGUCCAGAGCCUCUCCCAGACCAUGGGAUUUCCACAAGAUCAAAUUCGAUUAUGGCCCAUGCAAGCAAGGAGUAAUGGAACAAAACGACCAGCAAUGUUAGAUAAUGAAGCAGACGGCAAUAAAACAAUGAUUGAACUGAGUGAUAAUGAGAACCCUUGGACAAUAUUCCUGGAAACAGUGGACCCUGAGCUGGCUGCUAGUGGAGCAACAUUGCCCAAGUUUGAUAAAGAUCAUGAUGUAAUGUUAUUUUUGAAGAUGUAUGAUCCUAAGACACGGAGCUUGAAUUACUGUGGGCACAUCUACACACCCAUAUCCUGUAAAAUACGUGACUUGCUCCCGGUUAUGUGUGACAGAGCAGGAUUUGCCCAAGAUACUAGCCUUAUCCUCUAUGAGGAAGUUAAACCGAAUUUAACAGAGAGAAUUCAAGACUAUGAUGUGUCUCUUGAUAAAGCCCUUGAUGAACUGAUGGAUGGUGACAUCAUAGUGUUUCAGAAGGAUGACCCUGAAAAUGAUAACAGUGAAUUACCCACUGCAAAAGAAUACUUCAGAGACCUCUACCACCGUGUUGACGUUAUCUUCUGUGACAAGACGAUCCCCAACGACCCUGGCUUUGUGGUCACUUUGUCCAACAGAAUGAACUAUUUUCAGGUUGCGAAAACAGUCGCACAGAGGCUCAACACAGACCCCAUGCUGCUCCAGUUCUUCAAGUCUCAAGGUUAUAGGGAUGGCCCAGGUAAUCCUCUUAGACAUAAUUAUGAAGGUACUUUAAGAGAUCUUCUACAGUUCUUCAAGCCUAGACAACCUAAGAAACUUUACUAUCAGCAGCUUAAGAUGAAAAUCACAGACUUCGAGAACAGGCGAAGUUUUAAGUGUAUAUGGUUAAACAGCCAAUUUAGGGAAGAGGAAAUCACACUAUAUCCAGACAAGCACGGCUGCGUCCGGGACCUGCUGGAAGAAUGUAAGAAGGCCGUGGAGCUCGGCCAGAAGGCAUCAGGGAGGCUCAGGCUGCUAGAAAUUGUAAGCUACAAAAUUAUUGGUGUGCAUCAAGAAGAUGAAUUAUUAGAAUGUUUAUCUCCUGCAACGAGUCGAACAUUUCGAAUAGAGGAGAUACCCUUGGACCAGGUAGACAUAGAUAAGGAAAACGAGAUGCUGAUCACAGUGGCCCAUUUCCACAAAGAAGUGUUUGGGACAUUUGGAAUUCCAUUUUUGCUGAGGAUACACCAGGGUGAGCGCUUCCGAGAAGUCAUGAAGCGGAUCCAGAGCCUGCUGGACGUCCAGGAAAAGGAGUUUGAAAAGUUUAAAUUUGCAAUUGUAAUGAUGGGCCGACACCAAUACAUUAAUGAAGACGAGUAUGAAGUAAAUUUGAAAGACUUUGAGCCGCAGCCUGGUAACAUGUCUCACCCUCGACCUUGGCUAGGGCUCGACCACUUCAACAAAGCCCCAAAGAGGAGUCGCUACACUUACCUUGAAAAGGCCAUUAAAAUCCAUAACUGACUUCCUCACCAGUGUGUUCACGGCGGGACAGCGUGGGUGUGUGCCCCUUUUUAACAGCCGUAGGACUUUGGUACACGUGUACUCUAGCCGAAGUCUCCAGCAAGAGGAUUUGCUGCUGAUGUUAAUUUUAUUUUGUUGAGGCUGUUCAGUUUGGCUUCUCUGUAUCUAUUGACUGCCCUUUUUGAGCAAAAUGAAGGUGUUUUUAUAAAGCUUGGAUGCCAAUGAGAGUUAUUUUAUGGUAACCACAACGCAAGGAACUGUUAGCGUGAUGGGGAGAAGGGGUUCCUAGGACGCGGGCCACUGGCAGAGGGUCUCUAGGCUGUCUGGGCGGCACAGCACCUGGCUGCCGCCGGGGGUCCCACCCCCAGCCUGCGGCUGGGCAGUCUGUGCAGGCCCGUCCGACUUGCUCCUUCAGUCACACUUCCAGUGACCUUUUGUGCAUCUGUAAAGGCAAAACAGAGAAACUCACAAUCUAAUAAAUAGCGCUCUUUCCUCCACUGUGUGCAUUGUCGGCCCUUCCUGGGGUUCUCUCCUCCAGCUGCCUGGGUCUUUGUCAUAAGCUCGCCACCUCUGCCAGCCAGUCCCGUGCAGCCCACUUGCAGGGGAGCACUGAAUGCAGUCCUGACGGGCGUUGGGGUCCUCUUGCCACAUUGGAAGUUGUUGGAUACAGUUAAGGUUUGCUCUCCUCCUCUCAGCGCACACUUGGUGAUCUCAACAGCUCAUGAGCAGGGGGAAGAGUCGUAAAUAGCACCCGCGGAAACGGGCAGAUGGAGGGACAAGGAGAGCCUUUCAGCAAGAGGCACGCUCGCUGGUGGUUCGUAAGCUGUUGGCUUUGUAAAAAGGGUGAAAUAAAGAGGAAAAAUGAAAUUGUAUAUUUAACGAAUGGACAUGUACAAUUUGCCACGGGAGAGGUCACUUUGUCGGGUGAGUCUGCAGUGGCUGUCACCGGUGUCAUACUCACUGUGUGGUUUAUUUCUGCCCCCGCCUCGUUUCCUUUUAUUUUGGAGCUAAUGCCAGCUGCGUGUCUAGUUUUGAGUGCAGUAAAAUAGAAUCAGCAGAUCACACUCACUCCCUCCUUCCGGAACCCGGUCUGUCCUGUAGCAGCAGUGUACACCAACUCCUGUAUAUUGCCUUUUUGCUGGAAAAUGUUGUAUGUUGAAUAAAAUUUUCUAUAAAAAUUA